UAACACAUACAGAGAGUAUUACCCCACUCAACUCUUUAGAUCAGUGGUAUUACUCCAAUGCACAGGCACCACAAGCGAACAUGGAGACUCCAGACACAGACGGUGGAUAUAUACCUAUGCAGUCAGUACAAAGCUUUCGAUUGUCCCUGGAGGAAAGAGACGAAAAUAUAUACGAGAAUCCAAUGAAAUACCAGAAAUGCAGCUGGAUCAGUAAGGUGUGCCAGGUUGGGAAGCAGGAGUGGGGACACAUUCUGUGUCUGGGCCUGCCUUGUACCGUCCUAGUGGUGGUCAUUUUGUUGCUGGCCAAGAAUAACAUGCAAAGAGAUCAACUUCAACAGAACUAUAUCAACUUGACAAGAGAGCGAGAGACACUGCAGAAAAAGCUCUACCAGCUGGACAGACUGAAGCAUGAUCUGACUGGAGAGAAGACCAAGUUAGAGAGAAAACUAUCUGAUCUGGACAAAAUUCAAGUAAACUUAACUGAAGAGAAAAAGAGACUACAAACAAACAUUUCUGAACUGGUGAUCCGUGAACAUAACCUCACUCACAUUAACAGAGAGUACAGAGAGAAGCUCUUUGGCAUGGGAUGGCAUUACUUCAAACCCUCCUGGUACUACCUGUCCACAUUGAAGAGGAACUGGAGUAGUAGCCGACAGUACUGCAUAGACAAAGGGGGAGACCUGGUGGUGAUAAACAGCCAGGAAGAACAGCUGUUUCUUGCUGAAUUGUCUGUGCUAGCCUGGAUUGGCCUCACUGAUACGGAUACAGAGGAUGUGUGGAGAUGGGUGGACAACACCAACCUAACCGAGACAUACUGGGCCAUAGAUCAGCCAAAUAAUCAUGAAGGUCAAGACUGUGUUGUGAUUUGGGACAGAACCAACCGUCUACAAACAUGGAAUGAUGAAAAAUGUGACAGAAAACUACAGUGGAUAUGCGAAAUGUAAAACAAACUAUUUUCUCUUUUUCUGCAAAUACAGUAUGAGACAAUGUGACCCCCCCCCCCCUCCCCCCAACAUUCUAAAUCAGUUAUAGGCUAUGCACCAUUGCCAGAGACCGUUGAGAAAGCUGGUGUUCUAAAGGAUCUUUGAUAUUCCUAUGUAGCAUAGCAAUAUUAUAUACCAUUUGAAAGCAUGGACUCUUGGGAUUCCAUACAUGGCAACCUGUCCAAUAUGUAUAGUGCUUUACAUUGUCAAAUUAAUCUUAUGUCUAAAUUCAAAACGGCAAAUGCAUGGACAUAUCUUUACAAAUAAUUGUACUACUCAUCUUUUCUUCUAUAUUGAUUUUACACACAGUUUCACAAUGCCUGGUGCUAGAGCUCAGUUGUUUCUCAAGUGACUUAGAGGGCUGAAAUGUGGUCAGUUCAUAGAUGUGCGUAACCCGGUAGAAAGAAAAAACAAUAUUCCAGCCUCUGUAACUCUGUGCCAGUACUUCACACAAUUAUUCUGACUGCUUCCCAAGAAACUUCAUGGCCUCAGCUUUCUAAAGAGGUCAGGCAUUUGAUGGUAGGUGGGAACAGUGUCCUCUGAAGAGUGUGUGUGUGUGUGGGGGGGGGGGGGGGGUUACAAAUGAAGUUAAACAGCAUUAUACUGUCAUGUGAAUUACUUUUUUAUGAAUUAAACUAUUCCCUUUUGUUUGCCUUGUACAGUGUAAAUAUUUGAAUGGUAAUGCAACAAAAUGGUUUGUUUUCAAAGUUUAUUUUUAUGGAGUUAUGUUUUGUCUACAUGAGAAAGAUUACAUAAAAAGGGCUAACUAGACAAGUUCUGUGUUCAGUAUUAGUUUGUCACACUUUGUAGCACAUGCCAGGCAGUCAUGUCACAUUUCUAAUUAAAUAAUUUAGGUUAGAUUGGUCAGAUAUAGGGAAGAGGUCACCACAUUCUUUAGAGUUGAUGAAGGCUUGUGUUGAUUAUAUAAUAUUUGUUUACAGUAUGAAUCCUAUGCUUUUAUAUCAAGUUAUUAUCUAAGUUUCCAACUGCAGUUGAGGAAUUUCUUUGUUUUUGUAUCUUGUACCUGUUAUGUUGUAGCCUACAGUGCCAUCUGCUGGUGAUUAAGUUCAUAUUCCACCAUUAAGUUCAUAUUCAUGAUUAUAGCUGGCCUGCAUAAGACAUAUAUGCUACAAGUUAUCAGAUCUCAUGACUUUGUAAAGACGAUUUCUUGAUGUAAAGACGAUUUUUGAUAUGA